GGUAUUAGUGGGGCGCAGGUUUACUGGCUGCAGAGGACAUCAACAGGACAGAAUGGCUAGUCAGUCCCAGGGAAUCCAGCAACUCCUUCAGGCUGAGAAAAGAGCAAAGGACAAACUUGAAGAGGCCAAAAAGAGAAAAAAUAAGCGAUUAAGGCAAGCAAAAGAAGAAGCAAUUGCAGAAAUCGAUCAGUACAAGCUUAAAAGAGAGAAUGACUUUCGACGUAUCCAGACUACUAUAAUGGGAUCCCAAGGAAACCUGGCAACAAACAUUGAUGAACAGACUGGUCAGAAGAUGCAAGCAUAUAAUGCCAACUAUCAGAAGUACAAGGAGAAUGUACUCCAGGAACUCUUAAAAAUGAUAUAUGAUAUUAAUCCAGAGCUUCAUGUCAAUUAUAAGUACAAGGAAUAAUACAAUCUGCUUGCAUCACUAGAGAGAAUGAAGUGUUACUCCAGCCAAUGAAAUAAAGGUACAUGAAUUGCUGGACUGAGACAAUAUUUUGGUGGAGCAUCAAAAUUGCCAGUGAGAAAUUUUCCAAAUAAAUCUGUUUCAAUAUC